UAGAAUCGCGGUGUUGUCAUCAGUCGGAAAGUGAGUUUUGAUUAGGCAAGUGAAGUUUGCCGGUGUUUUUAAUGAAUUAAAUAAAUGUCGUUGGAAUUUUGUUGAAAAUGAAGCAGUUUAUCGUGUUUGCAAUUGGUUUAUUCGUUUUGUUAGGACACGCACAAGCAGAUGAGUCUUUAGGAGAAGCAACUGUGGAAAAAGUCGAUCUUGAUUUGGGGGCUAGCAGAGAGGCUUCAAGGACAGACGAUGAAGUCGUUCAGCGCGAGGAAGAAGCCAUAAAAUUAGACGGCCUGAAUGUGGCUCAACUAAAAGAACUGCGGGAAAAGUCUGAAAAAUUCGCUUUUCAAACUGAAGUAAAUCGGAUGAUGAAACUCAUCAUCAAUUCAUUAUAUAGAAACAAAGAAAUUUUCUUGAGGGAAUUAAUCUCCAACGCUUCGGACGCCCUCGAUAAAAUACGUAUGUUGUCACUGACAGACAAGAGCGCUCUGGACGCGACCGCGGAGUUAAAUAUACGUAUCAAAGCUGAUAAAGAGGCGGGGAUGCUUCAUAUUACCGAUACUGGUAUCGGUAUGACGAAACAGGACUUAAUUAACAAUCUAGGUACUAUCGCUAAGUCUGGUACCGCAGAGUUCUUGAGUAAGAUGCAGGAUGCGGCGUCCGCGCAAGAUAUGAACGAUAUGAUCGGUCAGUUCGGUGUCGGUUUCUACUCGUCAUUUUUAGUCGCCGAUAAGGUAAUCGUUACCACUAAACACAACGACGAUAAACAAUAUAUUUGGGAGUCGGAUUCUGCAAGCUUUUCGAUUGUUGAUGAUCCUAGAGGCGAUUCUUUGAAGAGAGGUACUACGGUUAGUCUUCAGUUGAAGCCUGAAGCUAAAGAUUUCCUCGAGCAUGAUACUGUUCGCAACUUGGUGAAGAAGUACUCACAGUUUAUCAAUUUCCCGAUUUACAUGUGGACCAGUCACACGGAACAAGUGGAAGAACCGAUUGAAGAAGACGAAGAAGAAAAGUCAGAAGAGAAAGAGAAAACUGAUACGGAAGAUGAAGCAGCAGUUGAAGAAGAGAAGGAAGAGGAGAAACCAAAAACUAAGAAAGUCGAUAAAACGGUCUGGGAUUGGGAGCUUCUGAAUGACAGUAAACCAAUUUGGACGAGGAAACCUACGGAAGUGGAAGACAAAGAGUACAAUGAAUUUUAUAAGUCGUUAACUAAAGAUACGAAGGAUCCUUUAGCGAAAGUACACUUUGUGGCAGAAGGAGAAGUCACAUUUAAAGCUUUGUUAUAUGUGCCUGAAGUACAACCAUCAGAAAGUUUCAACAGAUACGGUACUAAAACUGACAACAUCAAGCUAUACGUAAGAAGAGUUUUCAUCACUGAUGAGUUUAACGAUAUGAUUCCGUCGUACCUAAGCUUCGUGAGAGGCGUUGUUGAUUCAGACGAUUUACCAUUGAACGUAUCUCGUGAAACUCUCCAGCAGCACAAAUUGAUCAAAGUUAUUAAGAAAAAACUAGUACGUAAGGUUCUAGACAUGUUGAAAAAGGUCCCAGAUGAAGACUACCAGAAGUUCUGGAAAGAAUAUUCAACGAAUAUCAAACUGGGUACUAUUGAAGAUCCCGCAAAUCGUACUCGUUUGGCCAAGCUCCUCCAAUUCUACUCUUCUAACAGCGAUACCAUGACAAACCUAGCCGAUUACGUCCAACGUAUGAAACCCAAACAAGAACGUAUUUUCUACAUGGCUGGUUCUUCCAAAGAAGAAGUCCAAAAGUCGCCGUUCGUCGAACGUCUAUUGCGUAAAGGCUACGAAGUUCUAUAUCUAGUAGAAGCCGUCGACGAGUACGCGAUUUCCGCCAUCCCCGAGUUCGAAGGAAAGAAAUUCCAGAACGUAGCGAAGGAAGGGUUCAGUUUAACCGAGAGCGAAGGAGGCCAAGAACAACUAGAACAACUCAAAGGCAGAUUCGAGCCCUUGACUAAAUGGUUGAGUGACGAUGCUCUUAAGGAUCAAAUUGCCAAAGCCACAGUUUCCGAAAGACUGAGCGAUUCGCCUUGCGCUCUCGUGGCUAGCAUGUUCGGCUGGACUGGUAAUAUGGAACGUCUGGCGGUUUCGAACGCCCAUCAAAAAUCCGACGAUCCACAAAGGUCGUACUAUUUGAACCAAAAGAAAACUUUGGAGAUCAAUCCUAGGCACCCCUUGAUGCGGGAAUUGUUGAAGAGGGUGAACGACGAUCCCAGUGAUCCAACGGCGAAAGAUAUGGCGUUGAUGCUGUUCCGGACGGCUACUCUUAGAUCCGGUUUCAUGCUAAGAGAAACUGCGGAUUUUGCGCAGAGUAUCGAGAUGAUGAUGAGGAAGACUUUGGGAGUGUCGGUAGACGAAGCGGUGGAAGAAGAGGAAGAUCUCCCCGAGGACGGUAUUCCAGAAGAAGAAAUUGAAGAAAUCAAAGAAGAUGCAGAGCAUGACGAGUUGUAAAUACCGGUGUGGAUGAAAGUGUGAUUGUUUUGAAUGAUUAUCAAAGACUGUCAAAUUUUUGUAUUUAAAUUUAAAUUAUAAUAAACAAAUGUCUUAAUUUCAA